GAUUUGGCUCCUGGUGAUCAGUUAGUUCAAUUGCUCAACCAUCUUCAGGAAAAUCAAGCUAAAUCAGAUGCUAGAUCAGCUCUCCAACUUCGAGAUACCCUAACAGCUGAAGAAUUCUUCCAGAAAGUAGAUAACCUACAGGAUUACUAUAACGAAGUCACAUGGUUGCUUCAGAAAACCCAGCUAGAUAAUAAUCUUUACGUUUGGAUCUUUUCUCUUGAAUCAUUGGUCAAACAUUUGAUCAAGUACAAGGUUUUUUAUGACCGCCAAUUGAUCAACAACUUUCAGUAUGAUAUCAAUGGAAAUUCAAUUGUUGAGGCAGCGGGUACGAAGCUAGGGAAACUCUGUGGUGAUUUGGGGGAAUUCACCCAUACUUUUUGCUCAUCGAAUAUGAGCUUUGCUAAGAUUUUUGAAAUUGGUAAGGCUUCAAACUUUGUCUUCAAUAAAUUUGCUAGUGUGGUGGUCAAAUCGCUAGAGGUUCUUAUAAUUGAUAAAUCAGAAGAUGCUCAAUAUAUUGAUAACGGGUCCUUCACAAUUGGGUGCCUUUCAAACUUGAUUUAUAAAUUAUAUGACUAUAUUUAUGAUACUGAUUCUACAAAACGCAACAAACUACUUUAUAAAGCCUUUCCUAUACUAACUGAACUCGUAAAAGUUUCUUAUAUUGCAGGCGAAGUUCAGCUUAUUGAAAAAUUUCUUGAUGAUGAAACUUAUAAUCCUCCUGUGAUUGAUUACCGGUUUCCGUUCGAAGUAAUCAAAAACUCAACUGUGGAUUUGUCAACUUUGAUUGAUUUUUAUAAAUUUACGGCAUUUAACUUGGUGACCCUUUCUUUACAAGGCCCUGUCAUCAAAAAGACUCAGCUAGAUAGAGCUAAAUUUUAUUUUAAGAUCCUAUUCAGUUUCCCAAAUUUAAAAACUUCCCUCUAUAGACAAUCCGAAGUUACCAAUAAAUUGGAAGUAGAGAGCCAACUUGAAGAAGAUCGCUUGAUAUCUCUUAACGAACGUCAGGAAAUUUCUCUUAUGUAUAUUCUUUUCUAUUUAUUGAACCUAGAGAAUUUAAAUGAUUUAACCAAUCCUGAUACUCACUUUAACAACCAGGUUCAGUUUUUGAUUGUGUCAUUAUCAUCAAGUAUCUCGUGGGAUUUAGAUAAUUCUGCUUCCCAUUCGGGCUCCCAUUCAAGUAGUUUGGCUUCAUUACACCAGCCUUUGUCCACAAAGCCUCAAGUCCCUUCAAGAAGAAAACAAUAUAAUAGAAUAAAGUUCAAAUCAUUGAGCUCUAUAAUUGUUUAUGGUUCCUAUAAAGAAAACCUUACUCUCGUGGUGAAUUUCCUCAAACACUUCAAGCCAAAUAGAUUAGAUGUUCCUGUCAUAGUUUCAAACCAUGCUUUGCGCCCAGAAGACGGUGCCAAUGAAAAUGAGUUUCAACAUUCAAUAUCUAACAUAGAUCCUCAAAGGUAUCCCGGCAAAAUUUUCUAUGUGGAAACAAUUGAUAAAAUUGUACAGAUAUUGAAAGUUUUGACGGUCAAACAUUUAGUGGAUACCGGUGGCUUCAACUACAUACAUAAAAAUACUUUGGACCAAAUAUUUACUUGUAAG